GACAGUCGUUUACAAAAAAAGCUAUGAACAUUAAGCAUUUCGAUGAGUGAUGUAAAGCCGAAAUAAUAACAACAGAUUGUGAUUUAUGAAGCCGAAGCGCCCCUUCUACAAUGUGUGGUACCCCGACUAUUGGCCAGGGGAGGUGGAAGAGGAAGACAACUACAAGAGGCGUGUGGUGGCGAGGCACGAGUGGGGUGCCAAGAAACCUCGGUCUAGUGAGGGGUCGAGAGGGUUGAUGAGCUCCUUCUGCUACAGAUACACCGACACUGACCAAUGCAGGAAGCCUAAAGACUGCAAGAAGAUUGUGCUGGACGUGCAGAUCAGUCAUAUGCGGCAAGGUUACCCAGAUAUACAGUACAGUUAUUUAAUAGGUGGGGAUGACAACUUUUAUGAAGGAGCUGGAUGGAGGACCCACGUGAAGGACAUUCUUAGUCCUCAUGGAGAAAGAGAAGAUGAAACUCCUUCACUCAUAUUUGCGUACAUUGGCCGCCAAGAAGAAAUUAGUAAAGACAAACUUUGGAUGAAACACAUGGAAAAACAAGGAUUCCGGCUCCUAUCCUGGCUCCUGGAAAACAGAUUGAUUGACCAGCAAACAAUAAAAUGAAAAUAAUAAUCAUUGAAAGGGAUUUAUCAUAGUAUAAUAAUCAAGAAAACAUUGAGAGGAGUUAGCUCAUAAUAUCAUACUUGGUCUUAUGUGCUUUGCUAUUAUACAUAUAUAACAUUUGUAAAUAAUAA